UAAGUCUAUUACUGAAUAAGAAAGCUGACAUUAAUUUACCAGACAAAAAUAAAUUCACUCCACUUUAUGUAGCCUGCCAAAAAGGAAAUAUCAGCACCGUAAACAUUUUGCUAAAAAACAAUGCUGACGUGAAUUUCAAAAGCAGCAAAGGAUUUAGCCCACUGUAUAGAGCUUGCUACUUAGGUCAUUACGAAAUUGUUAUGGAAUUAUUGAACAAUGGCGCUAAAAUCAAUGCAUGCUCUGAUGAUGAUGGAUCAAGCUCCCUUUAUGCUGCUUGUUGCAUGGGACACAAUGACAUUGUAAAAUUAUUGUUGGACAAAGAUGCUGACAUUAAUUUAUGCAAUAAAUCUGGAACUAGCCCAUUAGCAAUUGCCUGUGCAAAUGGACACAACGCCACAGUGCAUUUUCUUCUAAGUAAGUGUGCUGAUGUCCAUGCCUCUGAUAAAAGAAAACAGAGCCCUUUAUACAGAGCCUGCUCUAAGGGAUAUACCUCAAUUUCAGAAAUGUUACUUAAGAAUGGCUCCGAUGUUAACUCAUGUGAAGAAAACAAUAUCACCUCCUUGCAUAUUGCGUGUAUAAAUGGACAUGUUAACACAGUCAGCCUUCUUUUAGAAAAUGGCGCUAAUCAGAAUUUGUGUACGAAAGAAAGGCAUACUCCGUUAUAUGAUGCCUGCUUAAAUAAGCAUGAACAAAUUGCCUUUAUUCUAAUUAACAAUGGAGCUGAUGUUAAUUUAUCUGAUGUGAAGGGUAAAAGUCCUCUCCAUAUAGCCUCUUUGAAAAAACUCGACAACUUAGUAAAAACUUUGGAGAAAAGAGUAGCGCGACCUCAGGAACAGAUUUAA